UCACGUCCCCGCGCCCUGGGCGGCCACUUAGCGCCAUCGCCGCAGGCCUUCGACGGCGAGCUGGAUCUGCAGCGCUACUCCAACGGGCCAGGCGUGAGCGCGGGGUCGUCUGGGAUGGGAGCUGUGGGCUGGUCUGAAAGUCGUGCAGGCGAACGGCGCUUUCCCUGCCCUGUAUGCGGGAAGCGCUUCCGCUUCAACUCCAUUCUGGCUUUGCACCUGCGGGCGCACCCAGGUGCCCAGGCCUUCCAGUGCCCUCACUGCGGCCACCGCUCAGCGCAGCGGGCUUUGCUGCGCUCGCACCUGCGCACGCACCAGCCUGAGCGCCCACGUAGUCCCGCUGCACGCCUGUUGCUGGAGUUGGAGGAGCGCGCCCUACUACGCGAGGCCCGACUGGGGAGAGCCCGAAGCUCAGGAAGCAUGCAGGCCAUCCCUGCCACUGAGGGUCUGGUGCGGCCCCAGGCUUCGUCGUCGUCUGCCUUCCGUUGCCCCUUCUGCAAAGGCAAGUUUCGCACCUCGGCGGAGCGCGAACGUCACCUGCACAUUCUACACAGGCCCUGGAAGUGCGGCUUAUGCAGUUUCGGCUCCAGCCAGGAGGAGGAGCUGCUGCACCACAGCCUGACGGCCCACGGGGCUUCCGAGCGCCCCCUGGCGGCCACCUCCACUGCGCCCCAGCCCCAGCCCCAGCCUCAGCCUCCACCCCAGCCCGAACCCAGAUCGGUCCCCGAGCCGGAGCCGGAGCCCGACCGUGAGGCCGCCCCGGCCCCAGCUCCUGCAGCUCCUGAGGAGCCCCCAGCACCUCCGGAGUUCCGCUGCCAAGUGUGCGGCCAGAGCUUUACACAGUCCUGGUUUCUCAAAGGCCACAUGCGCAAGCACAAGGCCUCCUUCGAUCACGCAUGUCCCGUGUGUGGCCGCUGCUUCAAGGAGCCCUGGUUCCUUAAGAACCACAUGAAGGUGCACGCCAGCAAGCUGGGCCCACUGCGUGCCCCGGGGCCUGGCUCUGGGCCUGCUCGAGCCCCCCAACCCCCUGACCUGGGCCUGCUGGCCUAUGAGCCGCUGGGCCCCGCACUCCUCUUGGCCCCGGCGCCCACCCCGGCCGAGCGCCGUGAGCCCCCAAGCCUCCUGGGCUACCUGAGCCUGCGAGCUGGCGAAGCCAGACCCAAUGGCGAGGGCGCCGAGCCUGGGGCCGGCCGCAGCUUCGGAGGCUUCCGCCCGCUGCCCUCCACUCUCCCGGCCCGGGCCCGCCGGAACCGCGCGGAAGAGCCGGAGGAGGAAGAGGAGGUGGUGGAGGCGGAGGAGGAGACCUGGGCCCGGGUCAGGUCGCUGGGCCCUCUGGCUUCCCUGCACCCGCGCCCGGGCGAGGGGCAAGGGCACUCUGCACCUGCCGCGGGGUCCCAGGCAAGGUCGGCCGCCACGCAGGAAGAGAAUGGGCUGUUGGUAGGAGGGACCCGGCCUGAAGGGGGUCGGGGGGCCACCGGCAAGGAUUGUCCCUUCUGUGGAAAAUCUUUCCGCUCAGCGCAUCACCUCAAAGUGCACCUGAGAGUACACACAGGCGAGCGCCCCUACAAGUGUCCGCACUGCGACUACGCGGGCACCCAGUCUGGUUCGCUCAAGUAUCACCUGCAGCGUCACCACCGGGAGCAGAGGAGCGGGGCAGCUUCGAGUGGCGCCGGGCCAGGGUCGCGUAGGAAGCCCGCCAGUCCCGGGAGGACCCUGCGCAACGGGCGAGGCGGUGAGGCCGAACCCCUGGACCUGUCCCUGCGGGCGGGGCCGGGAGGCGAGGCCGGGCCGGGGGGUGCCCUCCACCGCUGCCUCUUCUGCCCCUUCGCCACUGGAGCCCCUGAGCUCAUGGCCUUGCACCUGCAAGUGCACCACAGCCGCCGGGCUCGGGGCCGUCGGCCGCCCCAGGCUGACGCGUCCCCGCCCUACACCUGUGCACCAUCAAGAGAGACCCCUCCCAGUCCUGUGCAGGAAGGGGAAGAGGGCCUAGGGCUGUCGAGAUCCGGAGAGGCGGGGCUGGGGGGGCAAGAACGGUAGGGAGCCCUCUUAGAGGAGGUUAGCUUAGUGAGCUUACCCCGCCGGAGCGGGGAGCGCUAGAGGUAGUUGGGUAGAGCAGCCAGCAGGGGCAGCGUGGGACCCGUAUCCCAGCCCCAGGCGGACCAGAGGUGGAGGGGGCGGCGGGUGUAGGAGCGUUGGGCGGGCGGUUCUUACCCAGCCCAAGGGAGUCACAGUGCCUUAGAAGUGGCAGAGGUGAGGGUCAAAGAACGGGGUCCCAGGGCUAGCAGAGAGGAUUGUGUCUCUGUUGAGGAGCCGCUCUGCCAGUCUUUGCUGGUCCAUAGGCGUGAGAAUUUAUUUUUGUACAAGGGGUGGGGGUGGGGGGCACUGUACCCUUCUAGCCCCAUCAGGGGCCCUGUAGACGUUGCUAUUUUUGGUACGAUUCCUGUCAUCCCUGUCGCAGAGUCGUGUCCCCAAUAAACAGGUGUCUUGAGGCACAGGG